CACCUGCUCCCCCAGCGAAUGAUGGUUCACUUCUGCAAUGUACUACGUUGAAUGGAUUGUCUAAUCUCUCAUGUAGGCCUUGGGAGAGAGGGGAUUUACUCAGGCGUCUUUCUACGUUUAAGCUUACUGGCAAGGCUAAGAUAGUUUCUCAAAGAUUGUUGAUGAGGAUCCAGCUACUGCUUCUUUCAUGAAACUGGUCGCAUGACUGCAGACUACUGGCAUUCAUGAUUGCAUCUGGUUUUUUCUGGAAACUGUUAAAUGGAGCUUCUUAAAUGCGGAUAGAGCGAUAUAUGCCACUUGUGUGCAGUCUUGACUUGAGUCUUGUACAAGUACCCCACGUUAGAAAUCAUCACCAAAAAUCCAAUUUGUGUUUCUUUCCUUGUAUAAAGAAAGAAUUUUAGAUAUCACCAUAGCCAUUUAUUCGUUAUAGACCUUAAUUGCAUUUUCUUAAAUGUCCAUUUAGGUUUUUCUGAAUUACUUUUUUCCGAGGUAUCUAUGUAUAGCACCAUUUCUCCACCAUUCAAGAAAAUGCCUCUAUUAGACUCCAGGUAAUUUAAGUUGUCCGAGUCCAAUGCUGGUUGUCAAUUUUCUUUAAACCCCCGCAUUUAUAUAACUUGAGCUGCUGGAAGUAUGUGAGAUGAAUUGUACGCUGUGUGCAAUUGUAGAGCAUACAAGUGUCCUGGAAGCCGUUAGUCUGAAAGAACAGUGGCAUUGCAAAAAAGAAAUGAAAACUUGGCUUCUCAUUUGUUCAUUGACAACUCACUUCUGCCUUUAACUUUCUAUGACAUCUGGCAAGGUGGACUUAUGUGCUAUUGUUAUCUUGUUGCUUCUGCAGGUUGCAGGUUCAUUGGCUUGUGCCAAGAGAGGCUGGGUGAAUAGUGAUGUUGAUAAGAUUGAGUGUGAGAUAUGUGGUGCAACAUUAGAUUUUACCUCAUCAGAGUCUUCUAUUAAUUUUGCUGAUUCUUCCAGUGAAGAACUUUCUGAACAGCUUGAUAGAGGACACAAGGUCACUUGUCCUUGGAGAGGUAAUAGCUGUCCAGAAAGCUUGGUGCAUUUCCCUCCUACAUCACCUUCAGCUCUAAUUGGUGGUUUUAAGGAUCGGUGUGAUGCACUCUUGCAGUUUUACUCCCUCCCUGUUGUAUCUUCAUCUGCAGUUGAGCAGAUACGGCUUACACAUGGCCCUCAAAUUGAUCGCUUUCUUGCUCAAUUGCAAAUUCAGGCAGCUGGAGAUAUGGGCUAUAGAGCAGAAAGUGCAUCUGCUAUUGGUUAUUCUGGAGAACAAACUCUUCAUUCAUAUUCUUAUGCUGAAAAGCUCAUAAGUCUCUGUGGAUGGGAGGCGAGGUGGCUUCGUAAUGUGCUUGACUGUGAAGAACAGUCUGCUGAAUCUGCCAAAAACGAUUACAGUUCUGAUCCAGCCAAAGGAUCUGCACAAUAUCCCAUGCCAAGCAGGAGGGAAUUUUCAGCAUCAUCUAGGAAAGAUACUGGGGGCAUUGAAGUAAUGGGUUCAGAAUUUAAUUGUGAAUCUACGUCACCUUUGCUAGAUUGUAGCUUAUGCGGGACCACAGUUAGAGUAUGGGAUUUCUUAACUGUUCCCCGUCCUGUACAUCUUGCUCCCUGUAGUGCUGUUGCCCUUCAAAUGAGCAAAAAAGUGACAUCAACCCAGGGAGUGAGUGCAGCUAGUGGAAUCAAUGAAUGGAUUGCUGCUGAUGGUGUUGAAAAAGAGUGUACUGAUGGCCAUGAUGAGGCCACUACACCUGAAAAGAGGCAACUUGCAUCCAAUAAAAGUCUAUAUGAAAAUCUGAAAGUGAUUGAUGGGUUGUCUUGUUCACAGGUGAACAUAAAUUUGGCAUCAGAUCAAGUGCCAGGUCCUAGUGAGGGAAAGUUUUUGAUGCUUGGGAAACCUUCUGGAAGUGAGGUUGGUGAUCGGGCAGCUUCUUAUGAAUCACAAGGCCCAAAUGCACGUAAGCGUCAAUUGGACGAUGGUGGAAGUACAGUUGACAGACCACAUAUGCCCUGGCAACAGGCAAACAGUGCUGAGGGAAUUAUUGUUGAUAAUGAAGUCACUGGUGGUCAGCAGUAUUCAGCAGGCCCUUCCAAGCGUGCCCGAGAUCCUAGUUGUUUGGACAAAAUCCAAUUGUCAUGCAGGAGAGAUUCUUUUGGUGCAGUACCUAGCCAUUCAUUGGAUACCCAAAUAGAAGCAGAUGCAAGCACAGGCAAUCGAUUUGACCCAGAUGGGGAUAAUGUUGUUGGCAUCCCAUCUACUAGGGAAUCCACACAUGCAUCUUCUAUUAUUGCAAUGGAUACUAUUUAUCACAGUUCAGAUGAUGAAUCAAUGGAAAGUGUUGAAAAUUUCCCUCUAGAUGUUAAUGAUAUCAGUUUCAACUCUGCUGGAUUAAAUGAAACUUCAGAAUUAAAUAGCAGCUAUCAAGGUGCCUGUUCCCAGCCAGUAUUAGAAAGAGCAGGAGCUGAUGCAGUUGUUAGUAGUUCAAAUGCUUGUGGGGAAGUUUUGAAUACAGACACAUUAACUGCUCCUGCUCUGGAUGGGCCUAGUUUUGGUAUUAGUGGGGGAAGUGUUGGCAUGGGUGCAAGCCAUGAAGCAGAAAUUCAUGGGACUGAUAUUUCAGUCCACCGAGGUGAUAGUUUAGGUGAUGUAGAACCUGAGGGUGAAGUAAUUGAACAUCAGGGUCAGGCUGGUGAAUAUGUGCCUCAUGGACAAAUAGGUGAUUUUGUGCCUGAAGAAAUGAGUCAAGAAGAUCCUCAAGGGGACAGUCAAGCUGUGGUUUCUCAAUCCACUGCAAGGACUGACAGUGGCUCAAAAAUCGUCUCAACUAAGGUUGAAUCUGUUGAAAGUGGUGAGAAGACUUGUAGUAGCAUGCGGAUGUUGGGUAAUGAAAAUGGUGCACAUCCAUCUCUUUCUUGCAAUGCUAUUGUUUGUUCUGCCUAUGAAGCAUCCAAAGAAGAAGUUACUCAGACUGGGAAGGCAUCUCUUAUUGAUGACAGUGCAUAUAUUGAAUCAGGCUGUCUAGUUGCGGAUGAUAUGGGGGCUCCUUAUGGGGACAAGAUUAAUGGAGGUGUGGAGUUUGAUCCAAUUAAACAACAUGAUGAAUAUUGUCCUUGGGUGAACAGGGAUGUUGCUGCCGCAGGUUGUGUUGGUCCUAGCUCUCUUUCUGGUGUGGAUGCUGUAGCUCUUUGUGGGUGGCAACUGACUUUGGAUGCCUUGGAUUCUUUCCUGUCACUUGGAAUUGUUCCUGUGCAAACUGUGGAGUCUGAGUCGGCAGCAUCCUUAUGCAAGGGUGACCGCUUAGCUCCCAGUCAGAAAUUGUUAGCAAGCAACUCCUUUGUAAGAAGCCGUGGGAAAAACUAGCGAGCAUUUUGUCCGAGAAUGAGUUUUAUAUCUUAAUCCAUUUCAUGGCCAUCUUUCUAAUUUGAUCUAUUGUUUGUUACCCUAUUCUUUCUAUGUGGGUGGUAGUUUCUUUGCCAUUAAUUCUCUAUUCGAUUUUUGGAUUGGUUUACUGGUUUGAUAAAAGCAUUAUAGCAUAAAUUGCCUUAUUGAACUA